UUACAACAAUGAGGAAGAUAAGAGGCUCUGUAAAGGUAUAAAAGAAUACCGCUUUAUGAAUCCUAUCCAUUCACUGUGGAAAUAGGAAUCAUUCCUCUGCCACGAGAAGAACGAACUCAAGGGCCGGUCAUCACUAGCGUUUGGACAACAGAAAUAUGGAGUGGAAGGUGUACCUCCUUUACUUUGCCUUGCUCGUGGCUGCCACAUCUGCAGCGCCCACUUGUAAAUGCGAAGAUGAAGAUAAGGAAACUUUGUCCAAGUACAAAGUUAAAGUCAAAGAUGGUGACGAAGAGUAUGAUCAAGAAAUCAAAAUCGACACCGAGAAACAAACCGAGACUUAUCACAUUCCAAAAACGAAAUCUUCCAACGCAGGAGAAGUGGACGAAGUCUACGACUUUAAAAGAAACUUGGUCAUGCGCCGAAUGCCUGAACGCAAAGCCUGUUUCUUGAGCGAAUCCACUGAAAACGCUCCAAAGCCUCAAGACCUCAAAAAUGCACUUGACCAGAAAAGCGCUUCAGGUGGUUCCUCACAAUCUGUUAAUACUACCGAAGACAAUUUCGAAGUUGUUGGCACUGUGGAUGAUCGUUCCACUCUGAGUGAUGAAAUGGCUGCAAUGUGUGCCAAAUUUCCCAUUUAUCGUAUCAAGAGGAAGAAGGUCACUUUGAGUGUGGAAAAAGAAAAAAUCCAAGGUGGUAAGGACAGGGAAAAGAGAGACAUCUGCUACUACUCUUAUUGGAAAUGCUGGAUUAUAACGAUUACAGACAUCUAUGGUAAAUCAAAAAGUUACCUGUAUUGUCGUAAGAUAUACGUCUACUAUAGUUGCUGAACGAAGGCCAAUAUUCGUUUAAUGAGACAACCUCCUGAUCCAGAAACUUCAGCCAAGAAAUGAAAAUUGAUGCGUCUUCUUUCUAAUUACAUAUUGAUUUCAUGUUACAAAAUGUUUCAAAAUCGCAGUUGGCGAAAAAAACUUAGUAAUUUACUUAUACUUAGGUUUUUUUUGACAUUUUAACAUUUGUUUGUAGAGUUCACGUGUUUGCAAAAUCAAUAAAGAAUCAGAUGAAUCAAGUCA